AUGAGCUUGGAAAACGCAGCCUCAGAUUUAGCAUCCCUACCUUCGGGAUCUAAUAAUCUUACAAGCUCGUCUUCCUCAGUGAGAAAUUCACCAAGUCAGGACAAGUUUCUGUUUGACUGUGACCAUUUGAUCAACUUUUGCACUCAGUUUGAACAGAGUGAUAUUCAAGAUCAAACGGAUUCGGUAUUGGAGGUGAAGUUGGAGGACUUGGAGAAUAGGUGGCAACGGCUUCAAGCUACCUAUGAAGGUCUCAUGCUAGCUCCAAGUAACACCAAUACCAAGGACUUUAGGGCGAACGCGAGGAUAAAUUUCAACGCCAGCUCCGAAGCUUAUUACACAGCUAGAUCGCAGAUUCUCGACAUUCUGAGAAUCUCGGGGGGAAAUGCUCGCCAAAACGCGAGGCACAGCCUUAUUCCGGCUUAUAUUCCCCAACCAUCGGCUAACCAUCCUUCUCAAGAGAUUGGUAGUGGCUACAUCAAGGUCCCUCCCUGUGAUACUGAGGUAUUUAAAGGAGGCUACGAGGAAUGGCCGUCAUUCCGUGACAUGUUCACGGCGGUUUACGCAAACCAUCCGAAAUUGACUCGAGCUCAAAAGUUAUAUCAUCUGCGAAAUAAGACUAAGGGGGCAGCCGGCGCCAUAGUCAAAAGAUACACUCUCUGUGAUGAGAAUUUUGAGCUCGCUUGGAGUGCCCUCAAGGCUCGGUAUGAAAAUAAGCGAGUCUUAGUAGAUAAUCAGUUGAAAAUCCUCUUCAACAUCCCAACGGCCUCUGUGGAGAAUAGUGAAGCAAUUCACAGGAUUCAAUCCACAGUUAACGAUUGUCUCUGCACUCUAAGAACUCUUGACGUCAAUGUGGAAAGCUGGGAUCCAAUCUUGUUAUACUUGGUAUCAACCAAGUUGCCAGAUGAGACACUGGCUCUCUGGGAACAAUCACUCACAUCUCACCGUGAACUUCCCACUUGGAACCAGCUAGACGAGUUUCUCAUUAGCCGAUACGAGAUCGUAGAACGUCUCUCAAGCAUGAAGGCCACAAAAACUAGAAGUUCGCUCCCAUCUCAAAACAGUGGUAAGAUCCAAACUUAUCACUCGCAAGAAAAGCUCAGUUCUUCUUGCCCCCUAUGCAGUUCCGAUCACUCGAUAAGAAGUUGUGGCCAGUUUCGCAAAUAUACUGCACAGCAACGCAUAGAUUUUGCGUUUAAACACAAAUUAUGCAUUAAUUGCUUAUCCUCGUCUCAUCUCAAGACAAAUUGCAAAAGUACAAACACUUGCAUCGUUUGUCACAAGCCACAUCAUACCCUUCUUCACCUUAAAGGUAAACCUGAGGGAAAAUCUGAGGAUCAAGUACCUCAUACCAGUCAUAACGACAACAAAGUUCCGAUCCAAUCAUCUGAUCCAAGCCCAAAGGCUUCAUCUCAUAUUGAAGCGCCCUCAACUUCAGGGGCAAGACGCCCCUCUCAUGUUCAGGCCAAUUUCUCGGCCAACAAUGAAAUGAUUUUGCUACGAACAGCUCUGGUUCGCAUUGAACAUCAUGGGGAGCUGUUUACUCUAAGAGCCCUCAUUGAUCCUGGUUCUCAACGAACAUUCAUUACUCAAAGAAUGCAGAAGCGCUUGCAACUUCCCACUACUAAAGCGCACUUUGAGAUUUUUGGAAUUGGCGAACAAACUCAAACGUCGGAAAAGGAAUGCCAACUCGUCAUUGUUGCCGAGAAGUACGAUGUCCGCUUUACUGUCUCGGCAAUAGUUUUGCCUAAAGUGACAAAAUGGCUCCCUUCAGUCUCAUUCGAGAUUUCAAAUCCCUCAGACUUGGAGGAGCUUGACUUAGCCGAUCCAAACUUUAAUAAAUCCGCUCAAAUUGACCUAAUUUUAGGCAAUGAUUCUGAACGAUUCAUAAAUAUUGAUGGAAUCAGGAAGAAUAUAUGUGGCGAUACCUCAGCAUACAAUACAGUUUUUGGCUGGGUAUUGAGCGGUCCAAUGCAAACUGACAGAAUUUUCUCAUUUUCCACGAACGUGGUUGAAUCCGAGGAUGUAAAAAUAAGCGAACUUCUGAGAAAAUUCUGGGAGCAAGAAGAGAUACCCAUGGCUUCCCCUCUGUGUGAGGAAGAUCAGUUUUGCGAGGAGUUCUACUCGAAAACUACCUCCAGAUCCCCGGAUGGUAGAUACGUCGUGAGACUGCCUUUCAAAGCAGAAUUCUCCGACUCCCUAUCUCUUGGCUCAUCUCGUUUUCUCGCUCUGGCUCAAUAUAAUCGAAUGGAGUCAAAGCUCUCCGAUGAUCCCGAGCUAAAUACCGAAUAUAAUUCAGUUUUGAAUGAGUACAUCUCUCUCGGUCAUGCUGAAGAGACCUCAUCCCAAGAAAUAAACUCCGGUGGAAAAUACAAUUCGUUCUAUCUCCCCCACCAUGCAGUCGUCCGUCCAGAGCAUAAGUCCACUAAAGUCAGAAUCGUCUUUAACGCGUCUCGUAAGAGCAAAUCGGGCCAGUCUUUAAAUGAUGUGCUCCAUACUGGGCCUACGCUCCAGACUGAUUUGACAUCAGUACUUCUCAAUUGGCGAAAGUAUAGAUAUGUUUUCUGCGGGGACAUUCAAAAGAUGUAUAGGCAGAUAUGGCUACACCCUAUCGACAGAGCUUAUCAGCGUAUACUUUUCCGGCCAGAUCCCAAGGGACCGGUAAAAGAUUUUGAGUUAAAAACGGUUACCUUUGGCCUGAACUGUGCGCCGUUUUUAGCAAUUCGCACGCUCCUACAACUCGCCUCGGAUUCUGAAAGUGAAUUUCCCGAUGUUGCAGAAACAUUGAGAAAAGAGACAUAUGUCGACGACAUUUUGUCCGGAGGCUUCUCUAUAGAGGACACUAUUCGAGCACAAGAGAACUUAAGCUCAGUCCUUAAGCAUGCAGGGUUUCCUCUUGUCAAAAUGACUGCAAACAACCCCAAAUUGCUUGCUCAUCUCCCACAAGAGAGUCUAUAUGACUCCGAGUUCUUGCGCUUUAACGAGUCGAGCACUGCCAAGACACUUGGCAUCAAAUGGAAUGCGCUAACUGAUUCCUUCAGUUACACUCUCGGCGCCAUUCCGACGGACCAACCCAUUAGUAAACGCAAGGUACUUUCAGCCGUUGCUCAAUUAUUUGAUCCUGCAGGUUGGGUUGCUCCUGUAGUAAUUAGAUCGAAGAUAUUGAUGCAACAACUUUGGCUCGAAGGUCUUGAUUGGGAUGAUGAACUCAGCCCAGAGACUUUGCUGAGGUGGAACGCUCUGGUAUCCGAUUUGAAGCACAUCGGGUCAAUUUCUAUUCCUAGAUGGCUGCAGUACCAUCCCUCCGAUAUAGUUGAAAUACACGGAUUCUCUGACGCGUCUCAAGCGGCAAUGUGUGCAUGCCAAGGUAGCACCACUAAAACCCGUCUGCCUGCCUCGAUUGGAGCUCAAUGGGGCAUUUCUGCUCGCUAA